ACCUCGAACAAUACAUAGGAAAAGAAAGAAAACGUAGUCGGGGCCCUCUUCUUUCACUUGCCUUCGUUUUCUCUUCGCUGACCGACUCUUUGUUUCUCGCUUCCACUCUGUUAUGGCUGACGGAGGUCUAACGGUCCUUGACGGGACGCUGCUGCGAUCCUCCAUCCCUCGUCUCCCAAACCCUAACAGCGCCGUUACCGGAGCCGACCUCCUUCAAAUAGCCGAAAUCGAAACCUCUUCUGCCUUAUUCGGCCUCUCUUUACCAGAAAACCUAAAAUCCGCCGCGUUAAAGCGGAUGAAUGCUGACUCUGUUAGCUUCCCCUUGACGGAAUAUAGCCAGGAAGAAUCCUCUUCUAUUCUCCGGAAUUACGUAACUGCCAUUGCCGAUGAAUUGAAAGAUGAUCCUCUUGUCGUGUCGGUUUUGGAUGGAAGUGCUCUUCGACUUUUCUUGGAUGAUGAAGAUGAUUUUGCUAUGCUGGCUGAGAAUCUCUUCACUGAUAUGGAUACAAAGGAUAGCGGGAAGCUCAGUAAAGAUGAGAUAAAGAAUGCUCUUGUUCAUAUGGGAGUAGAAAUGGGCGUUCCUCCUUUUUCAGAAUCCAGUGAUCUGCUUAGUGGCAUCUUAAAGAAAUACGGAGCUGAGGGGGAAGAAGAGUUGGGUCAGGCUCAAUUUGCACAGUUACUCCAGCUUGUCCUACAAGACCUUGCAGAUGCUCUGGCUGAAAAGCAUGUUGUUGUCAUUCAGGAUAUCAAGAUUAUCAAUGGUUCAAAGCUAAGAAAGGAGUUCCUACUGAUAGUUACGAUAAGAGAAGUGCAGGUUUUGGCCGAUGAGAAGCUUUUGAAUGCCGUAAUAAAAAAGAUGGCCCAGAACUGUAACUCCGAUGAAGAUGGAAGAUGGAGCAUGGAAAGAAUAAGGGGUUUUCUUGAGAAAAACGGGCUAGAGUUGGGCCUGCCUUCAUCAGAAGGCAAUGAAGCGGUGGUUCUUCUUUAUGAUCAGAUAUUUUCUGAUGUUAAUAAGGAGAAGAAUGGUGGUGAAGUAGGGAAAGAUAAGUUUCCAGAGGUUGUGAAAGAUAUUCUUGAGAAAUUUUCAGUGCAGCUUGAAGCCAACCCCAUUUUUCAUGAUCUUGAGAGCUGAGGUAUGUUGGUUUUAUUUUUUCCUCUAUUUACUUAGCAGACUGUUGUUGUUUCUACAUAUGUCACCCACAUGAGUGUUUUUUCCUUUCAUGCAUUCCCUUUUUGUAAUGAAAAUUUGAACAAAUUAUAAAUUUUGGGGGAGCUUAAUAGGGUUCUCUACAUAUGGUUAUGGUUGCUGGUAAAGAAGUUUUUUUUUGUGCAAUAUAUUGGUUCAAAUUACAUCUA